AUGAAUAUCAAGUCUUUCAUUUUCGUGUUCUUUCUGAGUGCACUAAUUUUCAUAUCUGUUAUGGCAACUGAACCAUCGAAAGAUGAUGGGAAACAAAGUGGUGGUGCAUUUGAAAUAUCAAAAACAAAACUUGCGGUAAAUAAGGAUGGAGAUAUGGAAAAAGGACAUAAUGAUAAUGGUUUGGGAUUUUGGAUAAAUGGAGGUGGUUGGGGAGGUUCGAUAGAAAGCGGAGAUUUUAAAGGUUCGAUAAAUAUUGGAGGAGCUCAGGGAGGAGGUGAAAACAAUGGACUUGGAGGACAAGGUGAAGGAGGAAAUGAAGUAAGUUGGAGAGGAGGAGAAAAUAGUGGAUUUGGAGGACAAAGAGAAAGAGGAAAUGAAAUAGGUUGGAGAGGAGGAGAAAAUAGUGGAUUUGGAGGAGAAGGAGGUAGAAGAAAUGAUGUAAGUUGGAGAGGAGGAGAAAAUAGAGGAUUUGGAGGAGAAGAAGUAGAAAGUGGAGGAGGAUUUGCAGGACUUUGGGACCAUAAAAACUAA